CAAAAAAAUGAAAUUAAAAAUUAAGUAAAAUCCCGCUAUAUCUGACCUCAUAAUGAUAAGCCAAGGUCUGUCAGUUGAUUAAACUUUAGUGUUUAUAGUGUUAAUAAGUUUGGUGACAAAAACAUGUCUCAUAAAAUUAUUUUCGCGGUGUUUACAAUUGUUCUAUUAACAUUACCUUUCAAAGCUAUUUCGGCCUGUGGGGGUAUCAAAAAUGUUUUAAUCGAAGUGAAAGAUAGUGAGAGUGAAAGAAGUAACAUCACAUUCAGUGGUUGCUUGGAGAGAAAAAAUUUUGGAGGGAAAACCAUUACCGAAAUUCAUAUAAGAAACCAAAAUAUUCCAAAUAUAGGAUGGGAAUAUAUUAAACAUUUAGUUAGAUUAGAUGUUUUAGAACUCAACAACUGCAAAAUUAAAAAUAUCGCUAGAGGAGCACUAAAAAAUUUACCAAGAAUCAGAGUUGUCGAAGUUACCCAUAAUUUGAUAACUGAGGUCACUGGAGGGAUCUACGACAUAUUUGAGACAAUCAAAAUCUUACGUUUAAACAACAACAAAAUUAGCUCAAUAACAGAUGAAGCCCUAUCCAAUAUGACAAUGACUGAAGUUAAUUUUAGCCACAACGAAUUUAGAGAAUGGAAGAAAGUCUGGUUUGCUUAUUCACCAGAUAUAGAAAUUUUGGAUUUUUCAUUUAAUAAAAUUGAAUCUAUUCCUAAAAGAGCAUUUGACGGGAUGCCUGUAUUAAAGGAAGUUGAUUUUUCAUAUAACAAGAUUUCAUCUAUAGGUAAAGAAGCAUUUAGAGCGCUCAAAUCAUUAAAAGUUUUAAAUUUAAAGAGUAACAGAUUAUCAAGCCUUAAUACGAACAUUUUUCCUCGUAAAAUAACGAUAGGCACUUUAAAUAUAGCAUCAAAUUUGUUCUGGAAGCUGGAUCUUAAAGAACACAAGGAACUGAGCUUAAGGGAGAUAGGGAUAGAUCAUAACCCAUGGUCUUGUCCUUGUAUGGGCAAUUUACAUGCAUGGUUAAACGCAAACAAAGUUACUCUCUUAAAUUCAGACAAUUGUGGCUUGUCAUUUUUACCCAUUUGUAUAACAGCAGAUUCUUGUGACACACCUCCGAACGGCAAAGGAUUAGAAAAUUAUCUUAGUGUGAUUAAUAGUUUAGAUGAUCUACAAAAGGAAUGUAUUGGCUUAUUAGUAGCAACAGAUCCCUAAAUUACCACAUAAUAGUAUUAAAUUUAAGAAUUGAAUAAAGUCUGAGUUUAGCAGAUUUUCAGUUUUGUUUAAUACUUUUAUUGUAUUAUUUAUUUAUUAAUAAAUAUUUUAUUAUA